AAGCUGGACCCCGCGGCCUCCCUCCAUAGUGCCUCGGCCUCCGUCCUGCCCCCCCCCGAGCCUCGCCGCCUGCAGCCAGAUUCUGCCAUCACCCCCGGCGUCUGCGAGGAGCAGUACGUGACCGAGGAUGUCGCCCCGGAAGACACGCCCCCUGUCAUCGUCUGCAGGGAUGCGGGGACCAUCACUGACGUGUGUAACAGCACAGAUCUCCCAGAGGUCGAGAUCAUCAGUCUGCUGGAGGAGCAGCUACCUCACUACAAGCUGCGGGCGGACACCAUCUACGGCUACGAUCACGACGACUGGCUGCACACGCCGCUCAUCCCGCAGGACGCCGGCCUCAACCUCACCACCGAGCAGAUCGAGGAGACCCUCAAGUACUUCCUCCUCUGUGCUGAACGUGUGGGCCAGAUGACCAAGACAUACAAUGACAUCGACGCCGUGACCCGAUUGCUUGAGGAGAAAGAACGUGAUCUGGAGCUGGCAGCCCGCAUCGGCCAGUCUCUGCUGAAGAAGAACAAGACCUUGAGUGAGCGAAAUGAAUCUCUGGAGGAGCAGGUGGAGAUCAUCCGUGAGGAGGUAUCGCAGCUGCGGCAUGAGCUCUCCAUGAAGGACGAACUGCUGCAGUUCUACACCAGUGCAGCAGAGGAGAGUGAGGGCGAAUCCACCACCUCCACACCGCUCCGCCGUAACGAGUCGUCAUCCUCUGUGCCGAGCUACUUUCCACUUGACUCACUGCAAAAGAAGCUGAAGGACCUCGAGGAGGAGAACAUCGUGCUGCGGUCGGAGGCGUGCCACCUGGAGACGGAGACCAUCUCGUACGAGGAGAAGGAGCAGCAGCUCGUGAAUGACUGUGUUAAAGAGCUGCGAGAUGCCAACAUCCAGAUCACAUCCAUCGCGGAGGAGCUGGCGAAAAAGACGGAGGAUGCCUCCCGCCAGCAGGAGGAGAUCACGCAUCUCUUGUCCCAGAUCGUGGACCUGCAGAAGAAGUCCAAAUCUUACGCCAUCGAGAACGAGGAGCUCAACCAGCAUUUGGCGGCAGCGAAGGACGCCCAGCGGCAACUGACUGCGGAGCUGCGUGAACUAGAGGACAAGUAUGCUGAGUGCAUGGAGAUGCUACGGGAGGCGCAGGAGGAGCUGAAGAACCUGAGGAAUCGGGCGCUUCCCCUGAGCACGCCCCGGAGGUUCCAUGCGCUGGGCCUCUUCCCCAUGGACUCUCUGGCAGCGGAGAUAGAGGGGACCAUGAGGAAAGAGCUGCAGAUGGACGACCCGGAAACGGAGGAGCAGAAAUCCCACCCCCGGCGUGUGUUCGAGACAGUGAAGAACGUCAACCAGACAGUCCGCCAGCGCUCCUGGGGCCCCUCACCCCUGAACAUCCCGGGGUCCAACCAAUCGUCGGUGCUCAAUUCGGCCCGGUCCAGCUGCAGGAGCACGCCGCGCUCCAGUCUGUACGCCGGCGACGUCAGCAACGUUGUCAUCGACAACCGCACCAACAGCAUCAUCUUGGAGACGGGGUCGUCGUCGGGGGGCAGCCCCGUCGACUCCAACAAGAAGCUGGGCACCCCCGGCACACCGGGUUCGCGUGACCUGGAGGUGGCGCUCCGGCGCCUGUCCCUGCGGCGGGAAAACUACCUAAGUGAGCGCCGCUUCUUUGAGGAGGAGCGGGAGCGGAAGCUGCAGGCGCUGGCGGAGCGGGGCGAGCUGGGCAGCGGCGGCCUGACGCCCACCGACAGCCUGGCCUCGCUGGGCACGCAGCACUCAGGCCUGUCGCUCUACUCUGUCUACAGCCGCUCCUACCUGCCUGAGAAACUGCAGAUCGUCAAGCCGCUGGAAGGCUCUGUCACCCUGCAUCACUGGCAGCAGCUGGCACAGCCUCACCUGGGGGGCAUCCUGGACUCGCGGCCGGGAGUGCUAACCAAGGGCUUCCGGCCGCUGGAGGUCGACGCAGACGAGGAGGUCUACCAGUUCACGGACUUUGAGGAGGACGAGCCAGGUGACCGUCCUUUCGCGAGCCUCUCUACCUCAGCCCCCAGGCGCCCGCCGUGUUCCUCGCGGCCCGGCUCUGCCUCCUCCCACGGGCACGACGCUGGCAACCCCCAGGCCUCAGGUGAGAGGCCCAGCCCCAGGAGACCAGCUUCUCCCCCACACUGCACCCAGGAUCCUCCGAAGCCGCCAGCCGCCAGUGCUGAGGUGUCCGUACAUUUCCCCGGCAAAUGCAUGUCCCACACGAGCUCCACCUACACCUUCACCACCUGCCGCAUCAUGCACCCCUCUGAUGAGCUGACGCAGGUCACGCCCAGCCUUAACACUGGCCCUGCGGCUGCGUGCGUCAUUACCAGCGGUAUCAAAUCUACGCCGGCCUCCACACCAUGUACCCCACGUCGGCUCAGCCUGGCAGAGUCCUUCACCAACCUGCGGGACUCCACUAAGACCAUGAGUACCUCGCUUGGGCUGGUGCGCCUCCUACAGGAGAGGGGCAUCUCUGCGGCUGUCUACAACCCGCAGAGCUGGAACCGGGCAGACGUCAGCACCAUGGCCACCUCUGCCAGGACCCCCCGUGCUCUACCCUCCACACCCCCCAACUCGCCCACCAGCCAGACUCAACCCACCCUCCCCUCACCCCCCUCGCCCUCCUUCGAGUUCAGCGCCCCUCGCACCCCUUACGACAAUUUCCUGGCAUCGCGUCCAGCCAGCUCUAUCUUGAAGGAGGUGCAAGCGGAUGCUCGGAGCCGCUUGGACGACGAGAGCCAGACGGACGUCAGCAUCCAGAACCUGAAGCUCGUGGACAAAUUGCGACACUUUGGCGUGGCCCAUCCGGACAGUCCCGGGGCCAUGGCCCCCGCUCCGCUAUUGACACCCCUCGGGGGGCUGCACCAGCAUGGGGCCCCCUUUGGGCCACCGGUGGUAACCAGCGCCAUCGGCGGCCUUCCCGCCCUCAAUGCCGGCAUCCGGCGCAACCGCAGUUACCCGGCCAUGGUUGGAGCCAGCAUGGCAAUGAAGGGCCCGGGGACAGGGCCCCCAGAUGCUGCUGGACUCCCAGCUGCCCAAACAGACCAGCCUCAAGUGAUGGAUGGAUGGAUGGAAAUAUUGCUGGCUGCUUUUCCACGGUGACCCUUUUACUCGCCGUGUGUACAGACUGCUCUAGUGACAGAUCAACCAUAUGCCUGUAAGAACUUUGUACAGCCUUUUCAUUUGUAAUUGUAAAUAUGAAAUAAUCUUCCAUGCUCGUACAGUGUAUAGCAACAUAUAACGUGUUCUUAGGUGUUGAUGAACUCGCUGUGACUGUAAAGGGGCUCGCUGGCGCCCCCCCAGGCUCAUACUGUAAGUAGCACAGUUCCGUUAGGGACGUCCUUGCUGGCUGCUGAGUGUUGAGGGAAACUCCGGCCCAGCGGAAGCACUUUUUUCGUUGAAUCCCCAGGCUUGUUUGGGGGUUUUGCUGUCCUUUCUCCUUCAUCACUGUGCACUGCACCCCUUCCUCCGUUAAUGCACCUUAAAGCCCCCCCCCCCCCCCCUGUAAGCAGUGAUGGUUAGUGCAGUGUCCUGUUACUCAAGUGAAUGUAUGCUGCCCGCGCUGUGUGUGAGUGCGAUAGUCGUGGUCAAACACUUACGACUUGAUAAACAGACUUGAAUUUCUUGAAAAGUGGCAGUCAAAGAGCAUUGACUUCAUGUCGUAUUUUCCCUCCUGUGUGACCUCCUCCCAGAGAUCGGAGACCAGACAGGUUAGCGAGAAUCCGACUGUGUAUGCAUUGAAUCCAUUUAUAAGUUAUUAUGAGAACGGUGCGUGACUUGGGUGCGACUCCCCUGGCCCAGGAUGUAGUGCCAACCCUAGUGUUUUUACCUGAGUGUGACUGCAGGGGGCGCAACACCAAUCACGCUGAUGUCCAUGCAGAGAAGCAUAUUUAUUUACCGCCGUUGUGCGGCUUAAAUGCAUCAUUUAUGUGCGCACUUGUGUUUCUGUAACUUGAACUUCUCUCGAAUGUAUUUAAUGGCAGCAGACGUGUCCCUAACCGCGCACCAUCGCUUCAAAUGGCCCUCCAUCCAUGGUUCUCCACAAAGGGAAGUAUGAUGCCUGUACAUUGUAAAUGGUGACUAUGCCAUAUGUUUAGCUGAUUACCUUUUUAGUAGAAAAAAAAAAAUAUGUCAAACACACUGGUACCAAACUUUGAGUUGUACUAUCGGGAGUUUGAAAUGCUGUCCUUUGCAAAAAAUAAAAAAAUAAAAAAAGGUUAUUAAUAAAGAGAUUGAUAUGA